AUGCUUUCCCCUAGAAAUUCUACAAUUAACCGUGUCAGAUACCGCUUUAUCGAUAUGAAUGAUCCGAACCGCUAUCAAACGAUUAAAGUGAGCAAAGCAUGCGAUCAUUGUCGUCGACGCAAAUCAAAAUGUGACCUUGGUGUACCAGGCUCAGGUACCUGCACAAACUGUAAACGUGCCCACACCGUCUGUAGCUUCUCUUCCGUAACUACCCCAAGGAAAAAAGUUAAUAAGAAGAGUUCAGAUAUUACUAUUUCACCUCAAGCCAAUGAAUUAGCAGCUACGGAAUCAGUAGAAACCCAAGCACCAAUUAAGCAUAUGAAUCAUCAAGCUUCUACAUCACAAUUAGCUGCUCGUGUAAAUGAAUGCUAUACUCGCUAUCCUCUUUUACACAUCAACCAUGCUGGACAUGUCAACUAUGAACUUCAUUACUCUAAUCCUUCCCCUGAUGCUGAACACAUAUUAUCUCAAAGAGGCCUUUCAAUUCUCGAAUACACCUAUCAACUCGAAUCAAAUCCAAGCUCUCAGUACUCCUUCGAACAUAUGCUAGUCGAAUCUUAUUUUGACCGAGUUCAUUCUUCGUAUCCUAUUCUCCACAAGUCUUCUGUACUUAAUAUGUCGCGAACGGACUAUCACACAAUAUUUCCUGCACUUCGUUAUGCCAUACUUGCAGUAUCCUGCUACUUAGAAUCAGAAGCUUCGAGGAAUCAAGACAUGGUCAAACUAUCAGCCUAUUUCUAUAAUCAGUCCAAGACGAGAGUCGAGAACGAUCACCGCAUCAACCUUUCCGUGGCACAGACCCUGCUUUUACUUUACAAAUAUAAUGAGAUCAUCACUCCAGCUGGAACAUCACUUCCAACCUCGGCAUUUGUGUUUAUGUCUCGUGUAAACAUCAUACUAGAACAGCUGGGUUCAUUUACGAAUGAUAUGUCCUCUGACUACAAUAAGCUUGUCUGCAGAACUCACUGGGUCUUCUACGCCAACUUAUGCCUAUCGAAUCUUGCCGAACUUCGUUGGUCGAAUAUGCUCAAGAAGGCCCAUCAUCCUCAUAUACUUCCUUCUGCUCUAGAAGCCGACUUUAAUGACCCAAGAGAGUGUCAGGAAAUCACAGACUUUGUACAACUUCUCAAGAUAUCUGUCUUGUAUUCUCAAGUCCAGUGUUUUAUGGACAGCCCCUCCAAUGAACCCGCAGCCUGGCCAUCGGGCUAUUCAAACUUUGCCACCUUUGAAAACGCCAACAGCCUUUGGGUCAAGUCCCUACCGCCACAUAUUUCAGCAAGCUUUGAUACUAUCACCAACUUCGACUCAUCUGAACAAUUAACAUCUAAAUCACCUAUCAUCUUUUACCUUCACAUUCUAUACAACACCAUUCAAAUGCAUUCCAUCAUAAACAGCAAGCAAGACAGCAACACAUCAGCACGCCUUUUUACACUCUCAACACAAACCUAUCAUUAUGUUUCACUAUUCUAUAGCAAAGAGAACAGUGGUAUAUUACAAUCGAAUCGCAUUGUCGCAUAUGCAUUAGCCCUCGCAUUUCAAGCAUACAUUUCAGUCAUACUCAUCGAAAUAACUCUAUCAAAUGAUGAUAUAUCAACUCCUCAACCUAUACCUCAAAUUCAAUGGUGCUCCAACAUUACUCAAUUAUUCUGUCAACUCGUUACGGAACCCCGUCUUGGGUCUGAAUUGAACAGCCUUCAUGAGAACAUAAAUUCUGGUGUUAUGGAAGUUGCAGUAUAUUCAGCAUCUCUUUCAGAAAUGCUCUAUCCGACUUGGGUAGAGCGACCUAUACAAGCCAAUUUUGACUAUUCUGAUAUGCAAUGUUUUAAAGAACUUGCCGUUGAUCAAUAUGAUACUCCAGUUACACCCACUUCUCUAGCCGACUCAAACCCUUACAUCCCUGUCUCUUAUCCUUCCGAUUACUUUCAAAGCCAGGUUCCUUCUUCGUUAACUCAGCAAACCGAAGUCUCCUAUGCUUUAAAAAAUUACUGCCAUUCCACCUAUUGA